AUGGCUCUGCUAUCAGUGCUGGGUGGCGCGCAGGCGGCGGUGGACCUGGGAGAUGCUGGCGGUGGCGGAGGUGCGGGUGCGGCGAGCACGGUGCCGUGCAGCCAGCUACCCGAGCUGCAGCAUCUGGCGCUGCGUGUGGCCAUUUUGGGGAGCUGCAGCCCCACGGCGGGUGGGGCAGAGCUGACGGCCCAGUCGCUGGAUGACGGCGCCAGCGCCGCAGCAGCGGCCAGGGAGCCCACCGAGCACUGGAUUGCGGUGUGGCGGCGAGCAGGGCAGGGCCAGGAGCAGCAGCAGGGCGGCACCGACCUGAGCGGCACAGCCUGCACCGAGGGCGCCACGCCACGCUCCGGCCGCUUCAACGCCAGCUGCACGCACCGCUACGCCUCGGCGCUGCACGGCUUUGCCGCGCGCUUCAGUCGCCGCCAGCUGGCGCGCUUCCUUGAGGCCUAUGCCCACCAGCUGCGGAGCGUGGCGCUGGACGGACAUGUGUCACUGCGGGGAGCACGUGCCGGCGCCCUGUGGGGCCUCGACCGCCUGGACCAGCUGUCGCUGCCGCUGGAUGGGCGCUACGAAUAUGCCGCCACCGGCAGUGGGGUGCACGUUUAUAUCAUGGAUACGAGGAUGAAAUAUGACUGCACCCUACAAGAAGGUCAUUUGGUGGCCAAGCUGUAUGAUUCGGCUGAUGGAAUGAUUGAUGGCAUGAGCUGGCUCGCACUACAUGCAGACUGCGAGGGGCAUGGCACGCACGUGGCGGCGGUGGUCGGCGGGCUGACAUACGGUGUGGCCAAAGACGCCACGCUGCAUGCCGUGCGCAUCUUGGACUGUGAGGGCAACGGCGCAGUGUCGGACGUGCUGCUGGCGCUGGACUGGCUGAAGCAGAAUGCGCUGCGCCCUGCAAUCGUCAGCAUGUCGCUCGGAGGUGCCGUGCAGCUGCAGCUGGAUGAGGCGGUGCAGUCUGUGACUGAGGCAGGCAUUCAUGUGGUGGUGGCUGCCGGCAACGAAGACAUGGAUGCCUGCGACAGCAGCCCCGCGCGCGAGGCUACCGCCGUCACCGUGGGAGCCAGCACAGAUGGAGACCAGCGCCUGUGGCUGUCUAGGGGCAAGGGCUCCAACUAUGGGGAAUGCAUCGAUCUGUUUGCCCCAGGCACCAACAUCCUCAGCGCCGCCGCCAGCUCCGAUGAUGCGCAGCAGCUCCGCACCGGCACCUCUCAGUCGGUACCGUUUGUGGCAGGCGUCAUGGCUCAGAUUCUCCAGAAUGCCGGCGGCACGACACCGGCCGCCAUGCACCGUCGCCUGACCGCCAGCGCCGCCGCGGACAAGCUGAGCGAG